AGAGUGAGUUUGAAGAUGAGCGGCGAGGACGGGAACGAGGAGUUCUACCGGCAGCUGCAGCUCCAGCAGCAGUACGAGGCCGAGCCCGGCGGCGAGGGCGAGUCCGACCCCUUCACCUACGUGGACCCGGCCGAUGGGGCCGCCUACGAGUGGGACCGGGAGAAGAAGGCCUGGUUCCCCAAGAUAACAGAAGAUUUCCUGGCAACAUAUCAUGCCAACUAUGGUUUCCAUGCAGAUGAUACAGACAGUUCAUCUGCUUCUGGCACAGCACCUGACAGUAAGCAACCAGUAAGUUCUAAGACGUCAGGAACACAACCAUCAGCAAAUGAGAAAGGACCACAACAAACAGAUCCAAAACAAAAAGCAGAAAAACGGAAGCUUGAGCCAGGAUGGUUUCAUGUUGAAGAAGGCAGAAACACAAAUGUUUAUGUGACUGGUUUACCUCCAGACAUUACAAAAGAUGAAUUUAUACAAGUCAUGUCAAAAUGUGGUAUCAUUAUGCGAGAUCCUCAGACAGAAGAACACAAAAUCAAACUUUACAAAGAUAAGGAAGGAAAUCUUAAAGGAGAUGGCCUCUGUUGCUAUCUAAAGAGAGAAUCGGUUCAGCUUGCACUGAGACUUCUGGAUGAGGCAGAAAUUAGAGGCUAUAAAUUGCAUGUUGAAGUUGCAAAGUUUCAACUGAAGGGGGAGUAUGAUGCAAGCAAAAAGAAGAAGAAAUGUAAAGACUACAAGAAGAAGUUGUCUCAACAGCAGAAACAGCUGGAUUGGAGGCCUGAGAAGAAAGAUGGCGCAACUCGAAUGCGACAUGAACGCAUCGUUAUUAUCAGGAAUAUGUUUCACCCAAAGGACUUUGAGGAGGAUCCCUUAGUGCUAAAUGAGAUCAGAGAAGAUCUGCGGACAGAGUGUGAAAAGUUUGGUCAAGUGAAGAAGGUUCUCAUAUUUGAUCGACACCCUGAUGGCGUGGCUUCUGUGUCAUUUAAAGAAGCAACAGAAGCUGAUCUGUGCAAGCUAACUCUAAAUGGAAGGUGGUUUGGUGGCCGGCAGCUCAGUGCUGAAACAUGGGAUGGCGUAACAGAUUAUCAGGUGGAGGAGACUGCAAGAGAAAGGGAAGAAAGGCUCAAGGUGUGGGGAUCAUUUUUAGAGGAUCCUGAUGCAAAGGAGCAGCAAGCUACAUCUGAUGCAGAUUCUGCAACAAGUAGCAUUAAACUGCCUGAAGGCAGACAACCUUCAAAAGUUAAUAACACAUCUAAGGAGGAUGUAAAUGAUGAAGCCCAUAAGAGGGAGGAUAAUGGUGAGGGCAUUAAUGAAGAUGGUGCUCCAUCUACAGACAGCAGCCUUGCAGGCAGUGAUGUUGAAGCAGAUACAUAACAUCUUUAAUGCUUUAUAAAAGCAUGGUUUUUAGGGUGAUGUUUGAGUUUAUCCCUUUCUUCAGGGUGACUGCAGAUUAUUCAUAUGAAUAUAUGCGUAUUAGAAUGUCAUCAACUGUGUGCUUUGAAAUUUUCAUUAAAAGCAGUAUUUAAUGAGGUUCUAAAAGUUUGUGUUAAUUGGCUGUUCAGGUAAAGUAACUCAAGUUGCCAAGAAUGCAGUAAAACUCAUCAGGCUUCUUUUGUUCUAACUAUGCUUGUCAGUGUUUCAUUAUGUAAGUGUGAAAUAUGUUCCAACCAUUAAGUUUAUGUACCUAUAUGUAACUUAAGUAAUGCAAAGCUAUUACAAGAUUUGUGGAUUUUACUGUUAAUUUUCCUGUACCCCUUGGAACUCAGUAUCUCAUCCUUAAAAAUGAUUCUUGUCUGAGUACUUUGGAUCAUUUUAUGGAACAGAUUCUGUGAAACAUAUAGGGUGAAUGCUUUGGAUAUGUUGCUAUGCAUUAAGUAGCAAAUGAUAAGAGUAGUACCAAGUCACAAACUUAAAGGAAGUGGAAAAGAAACAACGUUGCCAUAGCCAACAUAUGGCAAGCUGAGUGAAGAUAGAUUAUUAAAUCAUACCAUUCAGUAAAUUAUUUUUUCUUCCCCUGUUUAGAUCUUCUGUUGAUGCUUAGAUCUUUUUGUUGAGGCUGGAAUUAUGUGAAGGAGACUAGAAAUGCAUGAGCACACACAUUCUAGGCCGUAAUGAAAUAAGACUGAUCUUAAACUCUCAUGGUCUGUAUGCAGUAGGUAUACAAAAUAGGCAUUUGAUUGAUGUGUUGGCUUUGUUUAGUUUUUGCUUUGAUACUAGAGUAAAGGUUUUCGUUUGACCUUGUUAGACUGAUGAGUGUGAGUUCUCUUCAACAUUUUAGUUUAGCCAUACAUGCUCUUCAAAGUGGGGAGGAUCUCCCGUAUUUCAUAAAAUUCAAAAGCUUUUGGCAACUUGAACUACAGUUUGUUGUACAAAAGUUAGACUACUUGAAAAUAUGCUUUCAAAUAAUAUUCUUUUAUAUGGAAAAAGCAAACGCUAGCCCUCUUAGAAAUAUUUCCAAAAGCAAGGAUUUAAAGACAUUCUAACUUCAGAUAUCUUAGUAAGUGGCAAGCUUUCAAAAAUAACUGGGGGAGCCGUUUUGGGCAUAGUCAUUCUUAAUUUAGAAUCCCAUUAUUUUGAUACCUAAGGAUAGAAGAAUAUGGAUUUAGGCACUAAACAAUUAAAAUAUUGGUGCUGAAUUCAUAGUGCGCUGUUCAUCUGGAUGGUUACUAGUGCAUAUUUGUAAGGAGGAUCUUUUGAAUUUUUUUAAUUUAUAUUGGAUUACAAGAAACCAUAGAUGCUAAUUCUUACAUUUCCAUCUUGAAGUAUUCAGAAUACUCUGAAAAUCGGUAUUUUCAAACUUUGUGCUCUGAGAUUACCAUCUAUAUUUUUUCCAGAAGUCUAUAUGGUACUCUGAGUUUGUUUCAUUUCUUUUUUUUUUAUAUGUAAUCGAUAAUGUAUGGGUAGCUGUGCCAACCAGAGCAUCUAACUUAACACUUGCCACUGUGGUUAUGAAUUAUAUAUCUUUUUGUGACAAAAUAUCUGGUCUUACAACAGAGAUGAUAUUUGAAUUCAGGCUUUAAAAGUCUGGGGGCUCAUUAUAAACUGGCAUGACAAAUUUCCAAUUAUGAGUUGCAUUAUAAAGAGGAGCUGUAACUCUUGCAGCUAAGAAAGAUAAUUUUCUCAUCUUUACAAGUAUGCGAAUUGUACGUUUCAGCAAAACAGGUGUUUGAACAGUUCAGGGAAUCUGAAAUACUGCCUAGUGUGUAGCUGCGCAUAGUGGCAUAUUCAGAUUACAUCUCUGGGUUGUGUUGGUUCUGCCUUAGUUAUUCUCAUUGGUAAUAAGCACCACAGACCUUUGAGGGCUGAAGGUUUUGGCAUAUGAAGAGUGUAAUUUAGUGUGGUGGGCAUUGCUUUCAGUGCUCCUUUAUUUCUUCCAGCUUCUGGGCUCUAGGCUUUAGAUCCAUUAGACUGUUGUGUUUUGUUAGCUUUUUUUUUUUGAGAGCCUGGUCAUGUAACACUCUACACAGUUAAAUCACCUGUUUUACAGUGAAAUUGCAACUGGUAUAGGGGAAACUAUUGACAAACGUAUAAAUAUUGUACAGUUCUGUGAAGCCUUAUCAUGGUAUCAGAUAUAAAAAAUAAGGUUAGUGUUAGUGUUUGAAAAAAGACUUUGAAAAAUAAAGAAUCAUUGUAUGUGCAGUAACCUUCCUCUCUCCAGUUUAUGUACAAAUUUGAUUGGCUUGCUUCAAAAGUCAAACGUGAUGUUGGCCUUUUCACCUUUUCCUCUAGACUUCACACUGAAGUAGAGCACCAACAAAGACUGAGACCAAAUGCUUUACUGGCUUUCCUAUUAACUAGGAUUCUUAAGAAAAUAAAAGCUGUUUUUCCAUGCAAAUAUGUUGUUCUGAAGUGCGACAUUACACUCAAACUGGUAUUUUCCUUUUGUCUACCUCUGUUAUUCCCCAGUAAAAUAUAAAAAUGUAUUUUUAUAAACUAUUCAUUGAGUUACUGAGGCAUUUAAUAGUCUGUGGAGAGGUUAAUGCAGCUGUGACUUUCUUUUCAGCAGUUUUUCAUUGAGACAAUUAUUUUGAUAUUUUCCUUUUUUAAAUGAUGCCAUUUUUUUAUAAAUUAAUCUGAACAUAAAUUAAAACCUUUUGCAAAAGUUAAAAGUUACUAUUUUGAAGUAUGAUUAUUAAAAUCUUGUAUAGAGCAGUAAUGUUUAAUACCAAAUUUUAACAAAUCUGAAGCUGAACGAGCUGAGUUGCUUUUUAAACUUAUAUUUUUUUCUGACUGAGCAGCACCGUAAAUAAACCGGUAAGAAGUUAAAAGCCCAAUGAAAUUUUGACUAUAUUUGUUCUUUUAAAAGUGCUUUCUAAUGACUUGUCUUGCUCAUUAGAAGUGACAAAAUCAACCUUUUUGCUUAGUUUCUAAUUUUUCUUAGGUUCCAUUCCAGUAUACGGCAUGGUCCUUCAUCCCUAGGCUUUUGGUGACAGGUUCAUUUUAAGACAAGCUGUCUCCUUCCCUCUGUAUAUUAUGAAAACAGUAACUAGCAGCAGGUUGAAACAAUUUGUGGAUAAUUAUUAUUGCUCCAUUUUGAACCAGAGAAGUAGCUGUUCCUAUUAAUUCGCACAGGGUAACAAAAUGAAUGUGAAGCCACUUAAAUAUAAUAGCAGGGAAAGAGUAUUAACUGAUACUUCAACAUAACUCGGCAUAGAUAAUCACUGUCUUAACUAUGCAAUACAAAAUCAGUUGCUUAGCUUCAAGAUAUAUUGGUAGUUUACUUUACAAUCAAAUGCUAUUUAGUGGUUUGCUGGCAAGGUAAUUGUACGGAGUUGCAAGUAUUCAUCAGAGAUUACAUGGUUUGAGGAGCAUGGCCAAGGUGGACAUCUGGAAACAAAAAGCCCCAAAAGAAAAGGCACAUACGUUGUAGCAGGUUCUCAAAUAUUCAUAUACAGCUGUAAAGAGAGAAUUAGUUUCAUUUUGCAUCAAAAUGUUUAUCUGUUUCUCCUGCUGACUUUUUUUAAUUACUUUUUUUAAUUGAAUUUCAGUCCCUCGUACAACUUAGGUUUUGUAUAAGGAUUGCAAUUCACUUAAAAUCAUUAGUAUGGUAAAUGCAGUGCAUUUUAGCUAAAAUGUGUCCUAGAUGUUAUUCAGUUAAGGUUAAUCUAUUUACAAUUACAAAUACUUAGCUUAAUUCACUUAAGAAAACUUAAAGGUAUUGGAUGCUUCAUAGAAACGCAAGCUUGCCUUUAAAUUAUACAGUAAAAUUGAUAUCUAUACCCUGAAUUCUUGAACUGUAUAACCUAACUCAAUUCUUUAAAAAAAAAAAAAAAACCCACACAAACCCAAAACCUCUAGAUUUUAACUGGAUUUUAAAUUCUUACUUUUAUUUCUGAAUCUGAGGAAACAUACUGCAGUAUGAUAAAUGAAUUAUGUAAGUUGUGUACUUGUGUUGAUUUGACUUGUGUGUAUUUUAGUGCUCAAUUAUACAAGGCUUGAAGUCUUACUGUCAGGAUACUCUGAAAGUUCUGUAAAAUACUUAUAGAAUUAUGAAUUUUUUGCAGCAAAUUGUUUUUUGCUCAUUCUGUAAUAUGAAAGUAUAUUGUUAGAUUAAACUUUUCAGUAAGUUGACUUGGAAUUUUUCUGACAGGUUAUUUCGAUAAGUUAAAUUGAUCGUUUUCAUUUAUCCUUUAGAAAAACUAACAUUUAAAAAAAAAAAUCAUAUUUGAAUAAUAUCUAGACCUGUGACAAGCAUCUGAGAAUCCCUUGAUUUGUCUUCA